CUGUUAGCCAUCCCCAAGCAUGGCUACAGUCAGGCCGUCGUUAGCGCUCUAUAUUUAAAUCAGGGAGGCGGCCGGGCCAGCUGCUGUUCUUCAAGCAGCUCUGAGACAGCUCCUCUUAAGUUUUCCUCUCCUGGUCUGGUGCAGUUUACUCCUCUAACAGGAGCCUGGGCCAAGUGGAUCGCUGUCCUCUCCCUGUUCCUGUGGCUCUGAGGGAGAGAGAGACAAGAGUCAGGAGGACAGAAAGAAGGAGAGAGAAGGAAGGGAGUGGAGGCAGAAGAGAAGAGAGCACAGAACUGAUGACCUAAUGAUUGUGGAAGUUCUGGAACUUAAGCGGGGCCACAGUGGAGUCACUACACAAAGUUGUGUAGCAGAUACAAACGUUUCUGGAAUAUUUGGUGGUGAUUAGAGGAGAGGACGUAUCUUCCCAGGAUUUAGAAGCUUUGUCCCAGGCGGGACAGUAGGACAGUAUGGCGUCCAGCGGUGAGCCGGCGAUGGCUGCGUUGACGUCGUUCAUCAUGAACGAAGAGGAGCUGAAGAGGAAGCAGAGGGAUAAGUUGAAGAAGAUGCAGGCGACGGGGGGUAACCCUCGCCCCGCCCGAUCCCUCUUCUUCUUCACUCUCAAUAACCCCUUCAGAAAAGCCUGCAUUAACAUCGUAGAGUGGAAACCCUUUGAGAUCAUCAUCCUGCUGACCAUCUUUGCCAACUGUGUGGCCUUGGCUGUGUUCCUACCCAUGCCUGAAGACGACAACAACGCUACCAACACCAGCCUGGAGAGUCUGGAGUAUAUCUUCCUGGUGAUCUUUACGUUGGAGUGCUUUCUGAAGAUAAUAGCGUACGGCUUUGUAUUCCACGAGGGAGCCUAUCUGCGGAACGCUUGGAACUUACUGGACUUCGUCAUUGUCUUCAUGGGCCUCUUCACCAUCGCCCUGGACACCAUCAACUAUCUAGCAGGCAUUCACAUGGAGAAGGGAGGAGGGUUAGAUAUGAAGGCCCUCAGAGCAUUCAGGGUGCUCAGGCCCCUACGUCUCGUAACUGGAGUCCCCAGCCUUCAGGUGGUGAUGAACUCUAUCCUGAAGGCAAUGCUGCCCCUGUUGCACAUUGGCCUGCUGGUCUUCUUCAUGGUCACCAUCUACGCCAUCGUAGGUCUGGAGCUCUUUAAGUGUAAGAUGCACAAGACCUGCUACUGGACCGGCACAGACAUCAUGGCUACAUUAGAGAACGAGAGGCCCGCCCCCUGUGCCCAGGCCGGUAACGGGCGCCGCUGCCUCCUCAACGGGACAGAGUGUCGUUCAGGCUGGGCGGGGCCAAACUUCGGCAUCACCCACUUUGACAACUUUGGUUUCGCCAUGCUCACCGUCUUCCAGUCUAUCACCAUGGAGGGCUGGACCGAUGUGCUCUACUGGGUGAACGAUGCCAUAGGGAACGAGUGGCCCUGGCUCUACUUCGUGACUCUGAUCCUAAUUGGAUCCUUCUUCGUGCUCAAUCUGGUCCUGGGUGUUCUCAGUGGAGAGUUCACUAAGGAGAGAGAGAAGGCUAAGUCCCGAGGGGAGUUCCAGAAGUUGAGGGAGACCCAGCAGCUGGAUGAGGACCUGAAGGGUUACAUGGAAUGGAUCACUCAGGCUGAGGUCCUAGAAAACGACCAGCAGGGGAAAGGACUCCUGCCUUUGACGGAGGCAGACACAGACAGUCUGAUAGAGAAGGAGAGUGAGAGCCGGGUGGUGUACUAUUAUCGUCAGGCUCGUCGCUGGAACCGGUUCUUCAGGAUGAAGUGUCUCGUCUAUGUAAAAUCAAAGACAUUUUAUUGGUCUGUGAUUCUGGUGGUCUUCCUGAAUACUAUUGCCAUCGCUAGUGAACAUCACCACCAGUCAGACAUGCUUACUACUGUACAAGAUAAUGCCAACAAGGUGCUGCUGACCCUGUUUGCGCUGGAGAUGUUUGUGAAGAUGUACGCUCUGGGCCUGCCUCAAUACUUCUUGUCCCUGUUCAACCGCUUCGACUGCUUCGUGGUGAGCGUGGGCAUCCUCGAGAUCAUCCUGGUCACUGCUGACGUCAUGUCCCCUCUCGGCAUCUCUGUCCUCCGCUGCAUCCGCCUGCUGAGACUGCUGAAGGUCACCAAGUAUUGGACCUCCCUCAGUAACCUGAUUGCCUCCCUGUUAAACUCAGUCCGUUCCAUCGCCUCGCUGCUCCUCCUCCUCUUCCUCUUCAUCGUCAUUUUCUCCUUGCUGGGCAUGCAGGUGUUCGGGGGGAAGUUCAACUUCCCAGACCAGGAGAUCAGACGCAGUAACUUUGACAACUUCCCCCAGGCGCUCAUCAGUGUCUUCCAGGUUCUGACAGGGGAGGACUGGAACUCCAUCAUGUAUAAUGGUAUCAUGGCUUACGGUGGACCAGUCUUCCCUGGCAUCCUAGUCAGCAUCUACUUCAUCAUCCUCUUCACCUGUGGAAACUACAUCCUCCUCAACGUGUUCCUGGCCAUCGCUGUCGACAACCUGGCAGAAGCAGAGAGUCUGACGGCUGCCCAGAAAGACAAAGCAGAGGAGCGAAAGAGGCGGAAACUGCUCAGGGCCAACAUGCCAGACAAGGCUGAUGAGGAGAGGGUUCUGCUGGCUAAGAAACUGGCUGAACAGAGGGCUAAGAUAGAGGGGAUUCCCACCACUGCUAAGCUGAAAGUUGAUGAGUUUGAAUCCAACGUGAAGGAAGUGAAGGAUCCCUUCCCUUCAGCAGACUUCCCAGGUGAUGACGAGGAGGAGGAGCCUGCUAUCCCUGAGAGCCCACGGCCUCGACCAAUGGCUGAUCUCCAGCUGAAAGAGGAAGAGGUUCCUAUGCCGGAGACCUACUCCUUUUUUAUCUUCGGACCGGAGAACAAGUUUCGUAAGCUGUGUCAUAGGAUCGUCAAUGCCACCCCCUUCACCAACUUCAUCCUGCUCUUCAUCCUCCUCAGUAGCAUAUCACUGGCCGCUGAGGAUCCCAUAGACCCCAAGUCAUUCAGGAAUAAGGUCUUGGCUUAUGCUGAUAUUGUCUUCACCACUGUGUUCACCAUUGAGAUUGUGCUGAAGAUGACGGUGUAUGGAGCCUUCCUGCAUCCAGGCUCUUUCUGCCGUAACUCCUUCAACAUGCUGGACCUGCUGGUGGUGGGCGUGUCUCUGUUGUCCAUGGGAAUGGAGUCCAGUGCCAUCUCAGUGGUGAAGAUUCUCCGGGUGUUGAGGGUGCUGAGACCUCUAAGGGCUAUCAACAGAGCCAAGGGCCUGAAGCACGUGGUCCAGUGUGUGUUUGUAGCCAUCAAAACCAUCGGCAACAUCGUCCUGGUCACCAUGCUGCUCGACUUUAUAUUCUCCUGCAUAGGGGUCCAGCUCUUCAAGGGUAAAUUCUACACUUGCUCAGACCCCUCCAAAAUGACAGAGGUCACGUGCCGGGGUGUGUUCCUGAAGCACCAGGAGAACAGUCUUCAGGAGAUGGUGUUGGCCCACAGGGAGUGGAUCAACAGUGACUUUAACUUUGACAACGUCCUCAACGGCAUGCUGGCUCUGUUUACCGUGUCCACGUUCGAAGGGUGGCCACAGCUGUUGUAUAAAGCCAUAGACUCAGACAGGGAGGAUAUGGGCCCAGUCUACAACAACCGUGUGGAUAUCUCCAUCUUUUUCAUCGUCUACCUCAUCCUCAUCGCCUUCUUCAUGAUGAACAUCUUCAUCGGCUUCGUCAUCGUCACCUUCCAGGAGCAGGGAGAGUCUGAGUAUAAGAACUGUGAGCUCGACAAGAACCAGCGUCAGUGUGUGCAGUAUGCUCUGAAGGCCAAGCCUCUGCGGUGUUAUAUCCCUAAGAACCACUAUCAGUACAACAUGUGGUACAUAGUCACCUCCUGCUACUUUGAGUACGCCAUGUUCUUCCUCAUCAUGCUCAACACGCUGUGUCUCGGCAUGCAGCACUGUAACCAGUCAGCCCAUGUGACCAAGCUGUCUGACACUCUGAACAUGAUCUUCACUGUCCUCUUCACGGUGGAGAUGAUACUAAAACUCAUUGCCUUCAAAGCUAAGGGCUACUUUGGAGACCCGUGGAACGUGUUUGACUUCCUCAUCGUCAUCGGCAGUGUUGUCGAUGUCAUCCUGAGCGAGGUCGACAAACACAAACUCCUGGCUUCACAGCAGCAGGCUGUGGGAAGCAGCACUAGUUCACAGCAGGACCUGCAGACAAACCCUAUGCAGGCCAUUGCGGAUUCUGAGAAUGCCAGAGUGUCCAUCACAUUCUUCCGUCUGUUCCGUGUGAUGCGUUUGGUUAAACUACUAAACAGGUCAGAGGGCAUCCGUAACCUGCUGUGGACCUUCAUCAAGUCCUUCCAGGCUCUACCCUACGUGGCUCUUCUGAUCGUCAUGCUCUUCUUCAUCUACGCAGUCAUCGGGAUGCAGGUGUUUGGAAAGAUAGCCUUAGUGGAUGGCACACAGAUCAACCGCAACAACAACUUCCAGACAUUCCCCCAAGCUGUCCUGCUGCUAUUCCGUUGUGCGACAGGGGAGGCGUGGCAGGAAGUGAUGGUGGCCAGUAUGUACGGCAAGAAGUGUGACCCCAAGUCUGACUUCCUACCUGGGGAGGAGUACACCUGUGGAGCCAGCUUCGCUGUCUUCUACUUUAUGUCCUUCUAUAUGCUGUGUGCCUUCCUGAUCAUCAACUUAUUCGUGGCUGUGAUCAUGGACAACUUUGACUACCUGACACGUGAUUGGUCCAUCCUGGGUCCUCACCAUCUGGAUGAGUUCAAGAAGAUCUGGGCCGAGUACGACCCGGAUGCCACGGGGCGUAUAAAACAUCUGGACGUGGUAACACUACUGCGAAGGAUCCAGCCUCCGCUAGGCUUUGGGAAAUUCUGUCCGCAUCGCUCAGCCUGCAAGCGUUUAAUAUCCAUGAACAUGCCCCUGAACAGCGAUGGCACAGUCACCUUCAAUGCCACCCUUUUUGCCCUGGUCAGGACUGCCCUCAAGAUAAAGACUGAAGGUGUCGAAGGUAACUUUGAGCAGGCUAAUGAAGAGUUGAGAGCCAUUAUAAAGAAGAUCUGGAAACGCACCAGUAUGAAACUGCUGGACCAGGUCAUCCCACCAAUCGGAGAUGACGAGGUGACGGUGGGAAAGUUCUACGCCACCUUCCUGAUCCAGGAUCAUUUCCGUAAGUUUAUGAAGCGUCAAGAGGAGUACUAUGGCUACCGGCCCACCAAGAAGAGUGCUAAUGGGAGUGCUCCAGAGAUGCAGGCUGGUCUGAGGAGUAUAGAGGAGGAGGCAGCUCCACAGCUCCACAGGGCCAUCUCAGGAGACCUGCUGAAUGAGGAGGAGAUGGAGAGAGCCAUGGAGGAGUCUCUGGAGGAAGGCAUCUACAGGCGCCAGGGCGGUCUGUUCGGGGACUAUUCAGACCCGUUCUCCACAGAGACCAGCAGUGUCUCGCCCUCCCACAUGGCUAGCCAGCGUCCCCUACAGCUAUCAGAGAACCGCCCCGAGGAGGCUGAGUUGCCCCUCAGUCGCUCAGACUCCGUCUUCCUCCCCAAUACAGAGUUCUUUCCCCUGACCCCCACCAUACACAACAGCAACAACAACGCGUUUUCUUAUGAGAGAGAGGAGAGUCCGAAAGUGAGCAGGCACCAUUCCAGAGUGGACACAGAGCGCAGCUCUCCAGAUAGCAGACACUUCUCUGAGAUCAGUCAGAAACCAAUCAGAACAGACAUCACUCAGUUCCCCUAUGACCUCAAAUACGGUGAGAUCCAGUCUCUCCCCAGCUGUUCCCAAGCUAAAGGGGAAGCUACAGAGGAAGCUGAAGGGGCCACAGGAGGCUCUGUGUCUGCACCUGCCGCUGACCAGCUGAUCAAAGAGGUCUUAGUGGUUGGCGGUCUUGGCGACCUGGCCAAUGACAAUUCGUUUGUGGCGGUGACUCGUAAUGAAAUGGCCGAGGCAAUGCGCAUGCCCAUGUCCCACUUUGAAGACGUGGCCCUGGGCCUCCUCAACGGGCGCAGUGGCCACGCAACCUCCGCCACGAGGAAGAAGAGCCCAAUCCCUGUGCCCCCUUCCGCCCCGGACCGGCCCUCUAGGUCUACAGAGCUGAAACCGAAACCCCAGGAGCAGAGAAAGAAGCGCCUCGUCACAACCUUUAAACAACCCCUGAAGGGGGAAGAGGCAGACACCAAAGUGUAGAGAGUCUGUCAUCGGAGUGCCCAUGACGACAGUGGCGUUAUCUUGUGACAUGAUAUUGACACUUGACUUGACAAGGCUGUGUUGUAGUUGGUGACAUCACACACUCGCAGCAUUAACAAAUCCUGAUUAGUUGCAGUGGCGAUGAGCUCAAUCCACUAACCAUAGUUUCCAAUGGAGACUGGAGGAAAUAGGCCCUCUAACCAGGGUUGAUGGCCGAGUUACUAGGCUCUAGCUGGUUGGCUGUUCAGGUUUUAACAUGCUAUUCCACUGUGGUUGUCAAUUCCACUCUUGUCAAUUCUGAUUGAAUUCUUGAAUCAGAUUCAUGAUUCUUAUGGAAAACUAACCGACAAAGGAAAAGGAAUAUUCUGCUACGGUAAUACAUUUGAAUCUUCUCAGUCCCGCCAUAUUUAUUUCAACAAAUUAAAAAAGAACUUAUCACAGAGUGCACAGGUUCAUGAACCUCUUUAUUUGUUAUGUUUGUUGACGUAAUAAUCUAUUCCAUAGAGUGGUUAGACAGAACAACUAUGUCCAGUCUGCUGUGUUUCUUACUAAAACCCUAACUAAUGCCCUGUACACACUGCAGGAUAGCAUUUUUUUGUCAUGAAUCUUGUUCUAGAGGCAGCGCUGCAGUGGUCACUAGCGAGCAUUAAAAAAAAUCUAAUUUUGAACGUAACCCUAACCUUAAAUUAAGACCAAAAAGCCCAUUUUGACUUUGCAGCUGGCCUAUUGCUCCAUUCUGCCUCCAGGACAAGAUGCAUGACAAUAAACUUCAACAUGCGCACACACACAACUUGUAUUGUGUGCAUGGUGACAGAUGGUGCUUUCAAGACAAAUGGGAAAAAAACAAGGUCAAAGCUCUUUUUUUCCCCCAAGUUGUCUUGAAGGCACUGAAGUCGGAAGUCAGAGAUUUCUGAGUUACCAGUUGUUUUGAACGCAGCAAAAGUCUGUGAGUGGAGACAGGGGUGUCCCAGCAAGGGCUGAAGGGGAAAAAGGAGGUGAGAAAGAAAGAAUGCCAUUUUGGAUCACCUGUGAGUGCGUUUCAGUGAGUUUCUAUUUAUCUGGGAAAACUGCAACUGUUGCAUUUGAACAGUUUAGUUCAAGCUUUUGAAAAGAGUCUCUCCUGUUAAAACAUCCAGGAUGCCAAGGAAAGGCUUAGUACACACUCAGGUUGUACAUCUGAUGCACAACACAUUUGACACAAGUUUUGAUAAAGCCUUACCAUAGAGAUAGAGGACUCUGCAUGGAUAUCACCCGUUUUUAGCAUGGACAGUGCCAUUGAGGGCUUCCAUCAUUUUAACGUGGUUAACUGGGUGGGGACUCCCACGAGUUGGGAGCAAUCAGUCACUGAAGAACAUGAGCUACUUUAAAAUGGAGAUAGCUUCAAUAGCACUGCUGUCACAGACACUAUAAUGGAGCAGUAUACAAAGAUGAGUCUAUCUCUAUGAGCCUCACUGUUUGUGUUCUUAAAGGCAACAUCCUUCAUUUAUGUCGUUAAAGGGAGGACUUGCCAUCUUUUUACUUUAUUUACACUUGUCUUCAUUUAAUCGAGACUUGUAAAACACUUUCCUUGAUACUCAACCUCCUCCCACUGUGGGUUUGGGCACUUUUUUAAGAGGAAGUUUAUUUUAUUUUUUUAAACGUGUUGGACAUUUCUUUGUACUUUUAAUUUAUUCAUUAUUAUUGUAUUAUCAAUGUUUGAAUACUCACUGAAAUAGGUGUAUAGGGGAGAGUGGGGUAAGUGGAGUAAAUGUUUCAUUCAGCAUCACUCUGUAAAGGGAAAUAUAUUAUUUCUAACAAAAAGGUAUCUACAUAUAUUUCAGGAUGUUGCACAUCCCUUGAAAUAAUCAGAAUUCAUGUCAAAAUUAGUUUUGAAAACAUCACUAUGUUUUUGGACAAGAUGUCUCUUGGCACAACUUAUCCCCAGGUUAAGCCACCAACACAUUUCUGUACUGAAUGAAAUAUUACCAUUACUUUUUUAAAACCAUGUCUAUCUUUAUUUCCAAACACAAUGAUAAUCACUGUUUGUCUUUUAAUCAUAUUUUACCCCAAGCUUAACGCCUAACAAACACUUAGUACAUUUGAACAUAUCCCAGUGAUAAUGCUUUGCAUUAUGCUUGGGAAGAAAACACAUUCACUUACCCCAAGACAAACAUUUUGGUUUAGAUUCAAGCAUCAUGAAACCUCAAAUUCAUUUGACUUGCUGAAAAUCAGUUUUUUUUGGUCUUAACUUGCUUACCACUUUUUACAUGUGGUUUCUUCCUUCACAGACUCCACAAAAUGACAUUUUCCUAAAUAUUUGGUCAAAUUAUACAUUUUGUUUGGGGUUUCCUAGAGACGAGGGAGGCUCAACUUACCCCACUCUCCCCUACUGGUAUUUAGCACUUAUCUAACAGAUCACAUUGUAGUUCAUGAAGAUAUUGUAUUUCAUACAAACCAGAGAUUUUGUUAAAUGAGAUUAUGUAUUAAUGACCAGAGGUUAAAAUGAAGUUGAAAGUAAGAAGAAAAUGUAAUAAAAGGUGAUUCAGGAUUUUAAGUGGUGCUGAAGUUAGUCUAGAUUUGAUUUGAUCAAGAGUUGUUAGUCAUAUCAGCAUACCUGGCGUAUGGUGGAUUUAGCAUGAAAGCCCACAUAGGGGAUUAACUGGUUUUGUACAAAACAACUUUGCACAUUUUUUUGUCUGGGGAAGGAUCUCAAAAGUAUUUUUCUCGAUUCCUUGCGAGCUCUUUCCUCACCUUUUCCUGAAAAUGUAAAUUGCAAGCAAGGAGAGCAUUGGAGAAGAUCUGAUGUUUUGAGGAUGCAAAGAAAGACCGAAUCAAGGAAAAUACCUUUGAGAUUCACACAAGGUCUGUUUUUUAAUUUAGUUAUCUUAACAGGUCCUAAAGGAGUUAUUUUUCACUUCAUCAUCCUCGUUGGCCAUUUCUGCCUUAGAAACCGGUUGGUCUUUAAAAAGAUAACGCUGCAUAAAUCAGACAUUAAGUAGUGGGUGGGACAGCUUCUAACCCUGCUAUAUCAAGUAAACCCAUCUUCUAAUAUGUGCCUUUCAACAAAAUGUUUUUGUUUGUUCUUCAUGUCAGUCAGAUGGAGCUUACACUGGCAAAACAAAUAAAACAUCCAAAAUAUA